AUGCCCCUCCACCUCCUCGGCAAGAAAUCAUGGAACGUUUACAACCCUGCAAGCAUCGCAAAGGUUCGGCAGGACGAAGCCGAGGCUCAUAAGCGAGAACAAGAAGAAGAGCGUCGUCAAAGACAAGAUGAGGCCUCGGAUCGGCUAGCUAUUCUGCGCGGUGAGCGGGACCCGACACUCCAUGAAUCAAGACCGGAGGAUUUCUCAAGACCACACGUUCCGAAGAAGAGAAAACUUCCAGGUGAAGAUGACACCGAUUUGGAGAUUCGACUGGCGCAGGCUCAGACAGAGAAAGGGCUCACGUCCAAUUCCAGAGGCAAUAAAUUUCCAACACCGGCGAAAUCUCAAGACCACUCAAUCACUGACGCAAACGGCCACAUCUCUCUCAUUCCCAACCACGCAGAGCAAGAUCAGAAACAAAAACCGUCAAACGAGAAACCGGACUCAAACCCCUCACACUUUUAUCUGACUUCCGCCGCCGCCCACGGCUCUAGCGCGAGCGACGUACCAUGGUACAGCACCAGCAACAAAACCCACCCAUCCUCCCAUAUUCCCAGUAAAGAACCAUGGGGCGAAACAUCCCCGCGCAGGAAAGAGCGCCAAGCAGCGCGCAUGUCUUCCAGCGACCCGCUUGCAGCGAUGAAGCGUGGUGUCAAGCAGCUCCGUGAGUCGGAGCGACAGCGCAAGGAGUGGCGAGACCAGCGGGAGAGGGAUCUCAGGGAGGUGGAGGACUUGGCCAGGCGGAGGGACCGAGAGCGGAAAAAGCGAAAGCGAGAUGGCGCUGAAGCCGAUCUUGGUCACGGAUCCAAGUCGUCUUCUCACAGGCAUCAAAGCCGAGAUGAGGGACGGAAACGGAAAAGGGCCGAUCCAGGUAGGGAUGAUCCUGAAGGAGAUAGUGACGUGAAUAGUCUCGAUGGAUUCGAUCUCGACGAAGGCUAUGCGAACCAUCCCGAGAACGAGAAGGAGAGCCAUCGCCAUAGCCGUCAUCAUCAUUACCGACAUAGACACCGUCAUGAUCAUGGGCAUUCUCACAGGUCUCACAAGCAUCGUCGACAUCGCUCACGAUCGAGGUCACCGAGAAAAGAUUAA